CCUACUUUACCCAGUUCUCUGUCGUUGAAUUGCUGUAUUUUUUUUUAGCAUGGUGAUGAUAGCUCCAUAUCCUGGAUCAUGUCCGAUUAUAAUAAUGUUUCGAUCCUUAUUCCUGUGUCUGAAAUAUUGAUGGUGAUUGAUGAUGAUGAGAAAAUAGCCGCCAUCGAGAGUAUAUAUAUAUAGACAUAGUGUAUCCAGCAAUUACGUACGACUAGCUCAAGCAAAUUCAAAGGCUCAUAUAGCCAGGUUCCAAUAAUAUCAUGCACAUGCGAUCGACCAUCAUGAUUUUAUCUGCAUUAAUUGCUUUCAUAAUUUAACCGAACUGCAUAUGGCCGCAUGACGUCUCAUUUUCUGAGUAUUAUAUAAUGGCGACAACGGCGCCUCUGAUAUGGACGAGAAAACACAUACACACUCAACUCACAACAGUAUGUAUAUAUCUGCUGCUGCUGUGUAUAAAGCUGAAGGAAACUGCAAUAUAUUAUCAGUACGUACCUCAGGUGCUUUCUUUUCAUGACAAACUGGAUGCGUCAUUUUUGUUUGACUAUAAGAAGUUGUGUGGUCCGAUCAACUAAAGCGAUUCAUAUAACCUCUAGUAUGCUGAUAUAAGUAAGACUGAUAUAGGGCCUAUGCAUGGUCGUCUUGUGAAUAAUAUCUUGGCACGACUCGGGUUCACUUGUUUAUACAUCUGUUAUUGAGAUCUGAAACCUUGAACAUGAGCGAAGAGGAAGCGUCAAGGAAAUGGUACUCGGUCCGGAAGGUCGAUUUCAAGUUGACUUGUGAUUGCCUGGACGAUGUGUUGAGACAGCAUAAACGUGUGCCAUUUAUAGUCUACGCUACAUAUCGGUUAAUUUUGGCUCUCUACUUCUUCGCCUUCCUGAUCUUCUUUGGCGUAAGCAGUGCCGAGUUUCUAGGAGUCAAAUUUCUCAUCUACUUGACGGACUGGACUUACAUAGUGGUCACACUCUAUGCUAUGGUUGCCUGUUUUAAUACCCUCACAACCAAAAGCUGCUAUUGCAUUGGCGGCUGCAUAGGAAAGGGUAUUUUCCGGAAGCAGGUCCAGUGGUUCCUUCUCAACAUAUCCGCCGCGGUUUCCCUUAUAGUCACCGUCGUAUACUGGACCGCACUCCGCCCCUUGAUGUCUGAGAAGCUCCCUGUAUACCUCGAUGUCACCAUCCACCUCCUACCGGCUGUCAUCUGUCUCGUUGACAUUCUUCUCACCACCGUCAUCGUCCGCUUCGUCCAUGUCGUCUACCCGUUCGCCUACCUCUUCUUCUACCUGCUCUUCGCUGUGAUCUACUGGGCGGCCGGUGGUACGGACCCCGCCGGGAAUCCCUUCAUAUACCCCAUCAUCGACUUCGGGAACUAUCCCGGGAUCUCCGUCGCGUCGGUGAUCGGCGUCUGUCUUGCGACGCUGAUGGCCCAGGCGGCGUUGAAAGGUUUAUACGCACUGCGUCAUCGCUACAUUGAUGAAGUACGACCAGAUGACGCGGUUUAUUACAGCCAUCAAGUUUUGGAAGUUGAACUGGAGAACCAAAGAUGACCCUAUACCAAGCUUGAUGCUUAAAAAAGUGUUCUGUCUCUCUUUCUCUCUAUAGCUAUUUUAAUUUCAUAUUGCUCCUUCCCUUGCUCCGUCUCUCUCUGUAACCCACCCCUCUCUCUCUCUCUCUCUCUCUCUCCCUCGUUCUGUCUCUGUCUCUGUCUCUCUCUCUCUCCUUAACCCACCCCUCUCUUUGUGUCUCUUUCCCUAACUCACCCUUCUCUUUCCAUUGCUCUCUCUCUCUCUCUCUCUCUCUCUUGAGAGUAAAUUUUACACUCUCGGGUAUGAUUUUCCUUCCUUGAAAAGUAGGUUUUGUUAUUGAAUUCAAAAGUCUUUCCAAUUAAAGCUUGGUGCAUCAUACAUGUACAACUCCAACUGCCAUGCUACGUCAAAUUUUCCAAGAAAAUGGCUGCGCCCAUGUCAUGCCAAGGAAUCUUUAUUUAUAUCUCUUGUACACGUUCAUAAGGUUUAUUGUGCAUCAAAAGGCAUGAAUUCAUCUCGUUUUCGGAAUACCUACACUUAGUCUUUGGGUUUAGUUCUCCUUUGAAGGGAAAACCUACCUUGAUAGCAAACUACUGUAGAGGAAAGCAGAAUGAUUAAAGAAGACUGGUUAAAGUUUAAAAUUUCCCACUUUACUACUUUUAGCUACUUGCCUGUCAUUCCCCCAUGACCCCCUUUUCUUAUUUGUUAUUGAGAGCUGAUUUGAUGAGAUAACCACCCGUCAGUGACCUUGCAGUCAGCUAUGAACGAAAGGUUACCAUACAUGUUUCGAAAGAGUGUAUGAUAUUCUGAAUCGUUUGGUAUCAUUUUUGUGUGGUAUGUGUUAACGCUUGGAUGAACAGGAGGCGUUAAUUGUUUGCGAGAGUGCAAAAAUCGACUUGCGCAAAAUUAUUAGAGUGAGAGGAUGAAUUGAAUGUAUCAAAUGAGAUGCAUUGUUUAUGCUUUUUCAGAAGUAAGUUCACACACACACACACACAUAUUGUGGCAUAUUAUUAGUGAAUUUCAAUUCCAUUUUGAUAGUUAAUGGGAAAUUUGCGAUUUUACAGAAAUGUUCAUUGGUUAAUAAAGACUUGGCUGCGUGUGUUUUUGCAUUGUGCGAGUGCGUGGAAGUGUGUCUGUGUAUGUGACUGAUGACUGAGUGAAAAUGGAAGGAAAGCAUGUGAAGGUAAAAUAACAAAAAAUGAGUGCUAUAAGGCUAUGAAAUUAAACAAGUCUCCUGGCAAUGAUGGUCUUAGUUACAGUUGAAUUUUAUUUUACGUUUUGGUUAAGUAUCGGAAAUAUUUCGGUAGAUGCUUUAAAUGAAGGUUAUGUCAUGGGGAGAUUAUCCAAAAACAAGGGGUUAUUACUUUGAUUGGGAAGGAAGGGAAAGACACAACAAAGUAUAUGCCGAUUACAUUAUUAUAUGUUGUUUACAAAAUGUUGUCAAAGGUGUUAGCUACAAGAAUUAAGGGAGUACUUGAGGAAGUCAUACACGUAGACCAGGUGGGCUUUAUGAAUAAUCGUAAUAGUGGAGAAGCGGUACGUUUAAUUAUUGAUGAUAUGUUCUGUUUUUUUAAUGAGGAGUCAGAUGAUAAAGCCUGUAGUUAUUUGAUUGCGGUUGAUUUCGAAAAAGCAUUCGAUUCCGUAUCUCAUACUUUCCUCUUCGGAGUCUUAGAAAUAUUUGGGUUCGGUCCCUAAUUUUGUACGUGGGUAAAAAUUAUUUACGGUAAUAUAAGUAGCUGUGUUAUGAUUGGGGGUUUUGCUACUGGUUAUUUUGAUAUUAAGCGAGGGGUAAGACAAGGAGAUCCACUCCCGCCCUAUUUAUUUAUUCUCGCUAUUGAAAUAUUGAUAACAGUAGUGAGGAAUGAUGAGGUUAUUAAAGGCGUUAAUAUUGGAGGAAUUGAAGUCAAACAAGAUUUAUAUGCAUAUGACAUGACAAUAUUUGUUAGAAAUAAAAAAUCUGUAGAAAGAGUAAAGGAGAUUUAUACGUUAUUUAAGAAAAUAAGUGGUUUACGGGUUAAUGCGGAAAAAACUAAUAUUAUGAAAUUGGGGAAAAGCAAAGACAAAUCAGAAAAACCUCCCUUCGGAAAUGUGGUUAAAGAAAUUAAGAUUUUGGGAUUUUAUUUUGCGUUAGACGUCAGAAUAAGAGAGGAAAUGAAUUAUAACGAGAUUUUAAGCAGAUUAAAAGCCUUCUCAGAUGGUGGAAA